GUGUCUGUGUGUGUGUGUUUGUGUUUGUGUGUGUGUGUGUGUGUGAGUGCACGCAUGCCCCCACAGCAGUCAUAAAUGGUAAAGCUGAGCUGGCAGGAAGGAAGUGAUGCGCUCACCUUAAGGUACGGCUGGGCAGAUAAAUAGGAGCUCUCUGCAUCCCUGACUUCAGCACAAGUGUUGAAUCUGCACUUUCGUCGCAACUCAGCAGCACAAGAACAAUCACCUGAUCACCUCAGCGCUCGGAUUUACACGGCACGAAAGAAAACAGGAUGAAGCUCGCUUUUCUGAUUCUCUGCCUGCUCGCAGCUGCCAGCGCAAAUCCCAUUUUGCAGCAAGUCUCUAUGGAGACGUUGGAGCCCGGAUCUAACUCUACCUCCUCGAUGUCCGAAUCUACGGAAGAAAGCACCACCGUAGACCAGGACAGCUCGCAGGAAAACACUUCCGAGGACACUUCUUCAGAAUCCGUAGAGUCGAAAUCAUCUGAGGAGAGCUCGGAAACAAGCCAAAGCCACUCACUGGAAGAACGGUUUGGCAUUGGAGAAGCCGGAAUGACGGUCGAUGACAGCCAAGGAAGCACUGAGAACAUGCGCAAGAACUUGAUUCAAGUCUUCAGCCCACAAGAGAUGAGUUCUGAAGACAACAGCACAUCAGCCAGCCUGUCAAAAGCUAUCAGCGCAGAGAGCCAGGAGACAAAAUCCAAGAGCAUCAGCAGCAGUAGUGAGAGCAGUGAAUCUGUUGAGGGCCAAGGCAGCAAUUCAACCAGCAGCAGCAGCAGCAGCAGCAGCAGCAGCAGCAGCGAGAGCAGCGAAAGCAAGGAGAGUAGCGAGAGCAAGGAGAGCAGCGAAAGCAGCGAGAGCAGCGAGAGCAGCGAGUCUGUUGAAAACUCGGAGCAGAACUCCAACAGCAGCAGCAGCAGCAGCAGUAGCAGUGAGAGCAACGAGUCGAAAGGAAAUCAGCAGAAAUCUUCUGAAAGCAGCAGCGAGAGCAGCAGCGAGAGCAACAGCGUCGAGAACAAGUCGACAGCCGAGAACGACUCCAGUCCCGAGUCCACCGAGUCCGCCAAGUCCACUGAAAGUAAGCAAAGUCAAUCAAACGAAUGCCAGCCUGGAGCCGACAACCAGGACUGCGACAGCGACGAGCACGUCUCCCAGAAUGUCGGAGACGACGGAGCCAGCGACAAUUUCAGCACAGAGCGCGAGGUCACGUUCAGGAGAUGACCGAAUACAUGCUGAUAAUCUGCUUAUAAAGUAAAGUCAAGCAAAGCUAGUGGUAACGAGUGUGUGGAAAUCCCUGGAGAGUAAUAUCCUCUUGAUAAUUAAAGGAAUAAGACCUAUUUAUUAAAAGCAAAAGAAUAUAUCUAAGAUAUUAUCUGUAUUCUAGACUAAUACGUUAGAGAAAACUUGCCGUGUGCAUCGUACAGUAAAUCGGGAUGCUGGUUUAUUACAACUCAGUGUUGUAGCAUGUUGUCAGUCAAAGUUUGGCUUUAGAUUAAAACUACACCAAAGACCUUUAUAGAUCCAGUCUCAUCGAGUUUAUGUUCGUCAUUUUAAUAAUGUCUUAAAACACACUACACUCAAGUAAUAUAAAGAAAGUUCUCACUGUAUCUCCAGCUCUCUGUUUCUCUCUCAUUGUAACAUCUCUUUUUUUUUGUUUUGCUUAAAAAUGUUUGAAUGUAAAUGUACAAGUAAUUUGCCUAAAUGAUCUUUUAAUUUUAUAUAUCUGUAAUAGAUCGACUUAUUUAUUAUACUUGAAUUUGAUUUUACAU